UCAUUUCUUCCACUAAGCGUUUGCUGAGACUUCAAGGUAUAAUCUAACCCAGAUCCUUUCUCACAGAGAAAAACUUGGUGAUCACGUUUCUACAUGAUGCUCACGUUUGGUGCGCCUCAAUUAUCCCUCCUCAGAAAGAUAGGUGGCGUGUGUGUCAGGGUCUCUCCUCUAUACAACCCAGAGGAGAAAAGGCAAAAAAUGUCAUUAGGAGAAGCGUAACACGUCAGUCCGUCCCCAGGUUUGUGUUUCCUGGACUGGCAGAAAGAGAUCAGUUCUUCCUAACCUGCCCAGCAGGAAUAACGGUCCUUCCUCUACUACUCCUGCUCAGGCUUUACCCCAUCUCCAGGAGCCUCACCUACUCUCCUUCUUCCAUGCUUCUUGUCCCUUUGAUUCCCAACUAUUUCCCAGGACUUGCAAGAGCCUGCGUGGUGCUGCCGAUCCCCAGAGCCGAGUCCAUGCGAACUGCCAUCUGAUCCCACUCUUAUCAAUGAAGCAAGAGAUCAUGGCGGAUGGCCCCAGGUGUAAGAGGCGAAAACAAGCCAAUCCGAGGAGGAAAAACGGAGGACUUAUCUUGCACAUUGAUGAGCAGGACAUUUGCCCUCUUCCAGAACAAGACCAAAAUAAUUGUAGGAGAAAAGAAGCAAGUCAUAUUUUGACUUAUGACAAUGUAGUAGAAACGGGUUCAGAGACUGACGAGGAGGACAAACUCCACAUCGCUGAAGAUGACAGUAUUGCAACCACAUUGGACCAGGAAACAAGUCCAGCCAGUAUGCUCAACCACGAGUCUUCUCCACAUGCCAACCAAGCACUAUUGCCAAGAGAGGAAGAGGAAGAUGAACUGAGGGAAAGUGGAAUGGACCAUAAUUGGCACAACAGCGAUAUUCUGAAAGCCUCUGUAGAUGGUUCUGAUGACAUGAAGGAGGAGUAUGACACUUUGGGGCCAGAAGCCACACAUGUAACCACUAUGAACAACGGUACAGUGAAGAAUCAAAAUUGCACUUCAGAUUUCGAGGAAUAUUUUGUGAAAAGGAAAAUGGACGAUGGCGACAGCAAUGGAGUCAGCAUAGCCGAGUACUUGCAGCGGACUGAUACGGCCAUCAUUUACCCAGAAGCCCCCGAAGAACUGUGCCGCCUGGGAACGCCAGAGGCCAACGGCCACGAGGAAAACGACCUGCCACCUGGAACUCCAGAUGCUUUUGCCCAGCUGCUGACCUGUCCCUACUGCGACCGGGGCUACAAGCGUUUGACAUCGCUGAAAGAGCACAUCAAAUACCGCCACGAGAAGAACGAGGAGAACUUUUCGUGCCCCCUGUGCAGCUACACGUUCGCCUACCGCACCCAGCUUGAACGGCAUAUGGUGACUCACAAGCCAGGCAGAGAUCAGCACCAAAUGUUGACCCAAGGUGCUGGCAAUCGCAAGUUCAAAUGCACAGAGUGUGGUAAAGCUUUCAAGUAUAAACACCAUCUGAAGGAGCACCUGCGAAUUCACAGUGGUGAGAAGCCCUACGAGUGCCCAAACUGCAAGAAACGUUUCUCCCACUCGGGUUCAUACAGUUCCCACAUAAGCAGCAAAAAAUGCAUUGGCCUAAUCUCAGUAAAUGGCAGAAUGAGAAACAACAUAAAGACAGGUUCGUCCCCCAAUUCAGUAUCUUCCUCUCCCACCAAUUCAGCCAUAACACAACUACGGCACAAGCUGGAGAACGGCAAACCACUGGGUAUGUCUGAACCAUCAGGCUUACUGAAAAUCAAAACAGAAACAUUAGAUUACAAUGAUUAUAAACUUUUUAUGGCCGCCACACAUGGAUUUAAUGGGCCGCAUCCAUUCAUGAAUGGUGGUCUUGGUGCAACCAGCCCACUGGGAAUCCAUUCCUCAGCUCCAAGUCCAAUGCAGCACUUAGGUGUAGGGAUAGAAUCAUCGCUACUUGGGUACCCUUCCAUUGCUAGUAACUUAAGUGAGGUGCAGAAAGUUCUAGAAAUUGUGGACAAUACGGUUUCUAGGCAGAAAAUGGAAUACAAGUCUGAUGAAAUUACAAAGCUGAAGGGCUAUCAUAUGAAGGACGCAGGACCUCAACCAGAGGAUCAAGGAGUUACGUCUCCUGGUAUCCCACCAGUAGGUCUUCCUGUAGUUAGUCAUAAUGGUGCCACUAAAAGUAUUAUUGACUAUACUUUAGAGAAGGUUAAUGAAGCCAAAGCAUGUUUGCAAAGCUUGACGACGGAUUCAAGGAGGCAGAUUAGUAAUAUUAAGAAAGAAAAGUUACGUACGUUGAUAGACCUUGUAAGUGAAGAGAAGAUGUUAGAGAGCCAUAAUAUAUCCACUCCAUUUUCGUGCCAGUUUUGUAAGGAAAGUUUCCCUGGUCCAAUUCCUUUACACCAACAUGAAAGAUACUUAUGUAAGAUGAAUGAAGAAAUUAAAGCAGUUCUCCAGCCCAAUGAAAAUCUAAUUCUCAACAAACAAGCGAUGUUCGCUGAGAAACAAGCACUCCUGUUGUCAUCGGUACUUUCUGAGAAAGGAAUGACAGGCCCCAUCAACCCAUACAAGGACCACAUGUCUGUACUAAAAGCAUAUUAUGCUAUGAAUAUGGAGCCCAACUCUGACGAACUACUGAAAAUUUCCAUAGCUGUCGGCCUUCCUCAGGAAUUUGUGAAGGAAUGGUUUGAACAAAGAAAAGUUUAUCAAUAUGCAAACUCCAGGUCACCAUCUCUGGAAAGGACCAGUGCAGAGGUGGCUCUGGCUACCACCCUAAAUACUCCCACUAAAGACUCAGCCAGAUCUCCAAUAAAAUCUGUGGACUCUAUAACUUCACCAUCUAUAGCAGAACUUCAUAACCGGGUAUCAAAUUGUGAUACGCCUCUCAGGCUAACAAAAUCGAAUCAUUUUGCUAGUAUGAAACCAGUUGUUGACAAAUUGGACCACUCCAGGAGCAACACUCCUUCUCCUUUGAAUCUUUCUUCCACAUCUUCUAAAAACUCCCACAGCAGUUCUUACACUCCAAACAGUUUCUCGUCGGAGGAACUUCAAGCUGAGCCCUUGGACUUAUCUGUACCAAAACUAAUGAAGGAAUCCAAAACUAUUAUUGCCACAAAGAACAAAUCUAAGCCCAACAACAUCACAAUUGACCACAAUAGUAUUUCUUUACCGUCUGAAACUGUAGAUGAGCCACUGAAUUUAACAUACAUAAAGAAGGAAUUUUGUAAUGCUAAUAUGGACAAAAGCACUAACCCACUAUUCGGUAUAAACCCAUUUAGUGGUAAACCUUUGUACACAGCGCUUCCUCCACAAAGCGCAUUCCCACCAGCCACAUUUAUGCCCCCAGUACAGACCGGAAUUCCUGGACUACGACAUUACCCAGGACUUGAUCAGAUGAGCUUCCUACCACACAUGGCCUAUACUUAUCCAACUGGAGCUGCCACGUUUGCAGAAAUGCAGCAACGGAGAAAGUAUCAGCGCAAACAAGGAUUUCAGGGUGACUUGCUCGACGGUACACCGGAUUACAUGUCAGGUCUCGAUGAUAUGACAGAUUCUGACUCCUGUCUGUCCCGGAAAAAGAUUAAGAAGACAGAAAGUGGCAUGUACGCUUGUGACUUAUGUGAUAAGACAUUCCAGAAAAGCAGCUCUCUUCUUAGACACAAAUAUGAACAUACAGGAAAAAGGCCACACCAAUGUCAGAUCUGUAAAAAAGCCUUCAAACACAAACACCAUUUGAUAGAACAUUCGCGACUGCACUCUGGCGAGAAGCCGUACCAAUGUGACAAAUGCGGCAAACGCUUCUCCCAUUCUGGGUCUUACUCGCAGCACAUGAAUCAUAGGUAUUCCUACUGUAAGAGGGAGGCGGAGGAACGGGAAGCGGCAGAGAGGGAAGCACGUGAGAAGGGUCAUUUGGAACCCACGGAGCUACUGAUGAAUAGAGCGUAUUUGCAAAGCAUAACUCCUCAGGGCUAUUCUGACUCAGAGGAAAGAGAAAGUAUGCCAAGAGACAGAGGAAGAGAAUUGGAGCAUGAAAAGGAAGGGGAAGACGUUUAUGACAAAUUGAGGAGACAAGUUGGUGACGAAGAGUUUGAGGAAGAGGAAGAGGAGAGUGAAAAUAAAAGCAUGGACACAGAUCCGGACACGAUUAGAGAUGAGGAAGAGAAUGGUGACCAUUCAAUGGACGAUAGUUCGGAAGACGGCAAAAUGGAAACCAAAUCAGACCAUGAAGAAGAGAUAAUGGAGGAUGGCAUGUAAUUAACUACUGCAUUUUAAGCUUCCUACGUUUCCAGUAGUAUUGUUACUUGCUUGAAAACACUGCUGUGUUAAGCUGUUUAUGCACGUGCCUGAUGCUUCCAGGAAGCCUGUAUAGAUGAACUGAAGGGGGGCGGUUCUGCCAAAAGUCAAAUAAAGUUGGUUACCGUGAAGAACUGCAUUAUGCAAACUUUUUGUACAGUAUUAAGGCCUAAAAACUGUGUGGUUCGAGAGACUAAACCCUGUGUUUAAUAGCAUUUAUACUUUUAAGCACAAAAAAAAAUAGUUCAUUGUACGAAUUGCACUCUACUUAUAUAUCACUACAAACUUAAAAAAAAAAAAAAAAAAAGAAGAUAUUUCUAAUUUAUAUUAAUACAUUUUUAAAAGAAUUAAAAAAGAAAAAAGUGCCCGCACUGUUGUACACCGGUGUUCCUAUUCCACUUUAAUUUAUGGUGCUCGCACUAGGAUACGUCAGUAUUAUGAUUCCUGCGUUCUUUUACUUCCUUCUUCAUCAUUUCCCACGUUACGUAACCACACAAUUUUAGGCCUGAAUUUUUGUUAUUUUAUUUUAUUUUUUUGGAAUUUUUUUUUAUAAUGCGAAAGGAACGUGGAACGACACGUGCGAUAGAAGUCUUAAGAGGUGUCCGGAUUUCGAAGGAAAACGGGAUGACGAAUAUAAAGAGAGCCUUUGUAAGGUGGUUUAAAAUAAAAAACAAAAAAAAGCCUUAUAUGCAAAACCUUUUAAUCUGUGUGUUUCUGCAAGUGCCAUCCUUGUAUAGUGUUCAGACGGUAACGGGGGGGGGGGUUACCGACGCACCAGCUUCAGUGUUAAAGCUCACCCUGUUCUUUGAAGCACCCAUGUCAGUAUUAGAAGAAUAGGCAGCAGUUCCUUAGUUUACAUACGUUUGUGCAAUUUUUUUCUGUAUUUUUUUUUUUGUUCAAUUUUGUCAGUAUUACACCAAACUUUUUUCUUUUUUUUUUUUUCAAAAAUUUUUUUUUUUUUUUUUUGCAUUCAUUUAAUUUUAGGUCAAAUAACAUUUUAUUUAUGUGGCUCAUUUUAUAUUUCCUAAUUUUAUUUAUUUCAUACUGUAGUGUACAGUAUUAUAGUUCUUCAAUAUAGAUAUAUUUUAGUAAAAAAGGAACAUGACGUUGAUCACUUGGGCAAAUUUUACGUAAAGAGAAGAGCAUUUAUUGUGUUUUGGAACAUUAAUUGUGAAAUUAUGCGAUUUUUUUUUUCCGAUUUUAUUAUUUUAUUUUGUUUUAGUUUUUUUUUUUUUUUCCAAUUACUGGAAAUUCCAAAUUUGGGAACUUUUGAUACGAUCUUGUGAAAACACUGUAUUUUCGACUGAAAAUUCCAAUUUCUUCAUCUUGUUUUUUAGCUAAAAAAAAAAAAAAAGAGGGACUGUUAAAUACAAUGUAUGAUAUCAUGAUAAAAAAAAAAAAAUUCUUUCCUGAAUUGUCUUUGUAAAAGUAUUAUUGAAUUUUCAAUUUGUAAUUUCUCUUGAAAAUGACCAUGCUCGAAUAAAAAUGUAGCCAAACUAUA